AUGCAAUACUGGGACCUUAAUCAGGCAUAUAAUGAUGACAAAUUCACAGAAGAAAACUCAAUACACAAAAAUAAUCUGAAAAGGAAGUUAGAAGAUGACGAAUUACCAGAUUAUGAUGAAUUGGCAUUCCUAUUUAAUGAUGAAAAUGCUCUCGGGGAAGAAAGCAGAUUGCCAUUAGCGAAUGAUAGUAAGGUAAACUUUAUUGGUAUUCGUGAGCACACAGUAUAUUGA